AUGUCUACGCAAACUCCUCCCACUUCUACGCCCUGCGCGUCAGGCCCACCUUCAACUCUUUCGGGGGACAAGAGCGGAUCCCAGGAGAGCCUUCACGACUCCACGCAGCAGCCAGGGGUACAGCUCAACGGCGGCUUCGUGGCAUGGUCGCAGGUGCUCGUGAGCCACCUCAUCGUCAUCAACGGAUUCGGCUACUUCUCCUCUUUCGCUCUCUUCCAAGCGCACUGGACGACGACGCUCUCAAAGAAUGCCUCGGAGAUCUCCUGGGUGGGAUCGAUCUCCCUCUUCCUCCUCUUCUUCCUUGGUACGCUAUCCGGAAAGGCCAUGGACGCCGGCCAUUUCCGGUCCCUCCUCAUACUCGGCUGCUCGUUCCAGAUCGUGGCCGUCUUCAGCACCUCGUUCGUCACGCAGUACUGGCAACUCCUCCUCUCGCAGGGCGUCGCCCAGGGAAUCGGCAACGGCCUGCUCUUCACGCCCUGCGUCGCUCUCGUGUCGACAUAUUUCACAAAGUUUCGUGCUUUCGCGCUUAGCCUCGCCGCAUGCGGCGCACCCGUCGGCGGCAUCGUCUUCCCCGUCCUCAGCCGCCAGCUCGCCCCCCGCAUCGGGUACCCCUGGGCAAUCCGGAUCAUGGGAUUCGUCAUCCUCUUCAACUGCGUCGUCAUCGUCUUGCUCGCGCGCCCUCGGAGCUUCACCCAGCGCAAAGGGCAGCCGCUCAUCGACGUGCACGCGUUCAAGGAACCGACCUACCUCCUCUUCGCAGUCGGCAUCUUCUUCACGCUGUGGGGCGUGUACAUCGCCUACUUCUACACCACCACCUUCGGCCGCAACGUCAUCCACAUCUCCGAAGCCCAGUCCCUCACCCUCCUGAUGAUCCUCAACGGCGUCGGCAUCCCCGGCCGCCUCAUCCCCGCGUACGUGGCGGACAGGCGCUUCGGCAGCUUCACCACGCUCCUGCCGUUCGUCGGCGGCGCGGCCGUCAUGCUGUUCGGCUGGAUCGGCGUGCGCAGCGAGGGCGCCUUCUACGCGUUCGUGAUCCUGUACGGCAUCUGCUCGAACGCGGUGCAGACGCUGUUCCCGUCGGCCCUGUCGCAGCUGACCACGGACCUGUCCAAGAUGGCGUCCCGCGUCGGCAUGGUGUUCACCGUCGGCAGCUUCGCUUGCUUGACCGGCCCGCCCAUUGCCGGUGCCUUGAUAGAUGUCGGCGAGGGUGACUACCUGUAUGCGCAGCUGUUUGGCGGUUGCUCCGUCGUUUUGGGCCUCGCGUUUCUCAGUGCUGCGAGGUGGUGUCAGCGGCAGGAGCGGAGGCGUGUCCAGGAGCAAGACUGCUGCUGA